GGCGCGGGCGUCGGCAAGGGCCGCCAGCUCGCCGGGUGCAUCCUGGACGGCGUCGCGCGCGGCCGCGGCCGGCACCUCUGGUUCUCGGUCGGCACCGAUUUGCGGGUGGACGCGGAGCGGGACCUCCAGGCGGUGUCGUGCCACAUUCCCGUCCUCGACGGCUGCCGCGGCCUCGACGCGUUACAAAAGAAGGCCUUUGGCGGGCCGACGCUCAAGAACGCGGUCCUCUUCGCGACCUACGCGACGUUGGUCUCGGCCGCCACGACGAAGAAGCAGUCGCGCCUCGACCAACUGGUCGCGUGGUGCGGCGGCCCCAGCUUCGACGGCUGCGUCAUCUUCGACGAGGCGCACCGUAGCGAAGCUGUGUUUUGAAAUAGCUUUACACUUCUCGUCGCCCGUAGUCGUGGCUUAGACGUAUUGCGACGCACAGGCGCCAAGAACUUUGACGCGUCCAACGAGGAGGCCUCGACGAAGGUCUCGCGCGCCGUCCGCGCCCUGCAGGACAAGCUCCCUUUGUCGCGAGUGAUCUACGCGUCGGCGACGGGCGUCUCGGAGAUCAAGAACAUGGCCUACGCGGAGCGGCUGGGCUUGUGGGGCGCGGGCACGUCCUUCGCCGACUUUAAGACAUUCGCCGACACGCUCGAGAAGCGCGGCGUCGGCGCGCUGGAGCUGCUCGCGCUCGAGCUCAAGUCGAGCGGCGCCUACGUGUCGCGGGGCCUCGCCUGGCAGCGCUGCGAGUUCGAGCGCUGGACCUGCGAUCUGGAUAAAGAGGCCAGCGACGCGUACGACGAGGCGGCGGCGUGGUGGCGCGGUGCCGACGCCGCGUCCCCUCUCUCGAAACGAAACCAAACGGGCUCCUCGCGCGCGCAGGCCUCCGGCGCGCCCUCGACCGCGCCAUCACGCGCACGCAGCUCCGCGGCGCGGCGGCGGGCACGGCGCGCCAGCGCUUCUGGGGCGCGCAGCUCCGCUUCUUCCGCGAGGUCCAGACGGCGGCCAAGGUGCCGUACGUGGCCGAGCGCGCCAAGGAGGCCGUGGCCGCCGGCAAGUCCGUCGUCGUCGGCCUCCAGUCGACCGGCGAGGCGGGGCUGCGGGACGUCAUGGCCGAGGCCCACGCCAAGGUCGGCGACGCGGCGCCGGGGCUCGUGGCCGCGGCGCGCUCGUCGGCGCGCGCGUUCGUGCAGCAGCACUUUCCGGUACAACCGGCGCCGGAGCCCCUGGAGGAAAUCGACGACGCGGUCGUGCGGAAGAUCCUGACGACGGACCGGGGCCCGCCCUCCGCGGAGCACGUCGCGCGGUGGAAGGCCGCGCGGCGCGCGGCGGCGGAGAAACAGGGCGAGCCCAUCCCCGAGCUCGUCGCGCUGCGCGACGCGAUCCUUCAGCGCCUCGACGACUUGCCGGUGCCACCGUCGCCUUUAGAUGAUCUCAUCGACCGGCUCGGCGGGCCCGACACGGUGGCGGAAAUGACGGGCCGGGGCCUCCGCGUCGCGCGCAAGAACGGCCGCUACCGCUACGAGCAGCGGUUCGACGCCUCGCGGGACCAGGACAGCACGACGACGAACCUCCGGGAGCGCGCGGCCUUUCAGGACGGCAAGAAGCGCAUCGCCAUCAUCUCGGACGCGGCCUCGACGGGCGUGUCCUUGCACGCGGCCAUUGGUUCCAAAGGCGCGCAGCACCGCCGCGUCCACGUGACGUUGGAGUUGGCCUGGUCCGCGGACAAGUGUAUCCAGCAAUUGGGCCGGACGCACCGCUCGCACCAGGCCACGGCGCCCGUCUACGCGCUGCUGGCGACGGAUCUCGGGGGAGAAGCGCGGUUCGCCGCGGCCGUCGCGAAGCGUCUGGCGUCCCUGGGGGCCCUCACCAAGGGCGACCGCCGGGCGGCGUCGGGCCAGGACCUGGGCGACUUUGACCUGGACACGCCCCAGGGUCGGGACGCGCUGAAGAACGUGGCGCGCGCGUGCCGCGACUACGGGCGGGACCCGCGAAGUGUCGCGGCCAACGUCGAUCCCGACGGCGCGGAGAACGACGCCUUGCGCGCGGCCGUCGCGAUGGCGCGCGACGCCGCGAGGGCGCGGUCGACGCGGCGCGCGGCCUACGACGCGUUCGCGCCCUACCUCUACGAGGAGGCGCCCCAGCUCUACAACGCCUCCGACGAGACGUCCAUGCUCGCCGCGGCCGCGCACCACGCCUACGACACGCUCGACCUCGAACCAAAAAAGGACGGCGACGUGAGGCUGUUCUUGAAUCGGCUCCAGGCGACGCCCGUCGCGGACCAAAAGCUGCUGUUCCAGUACUUUUCCGUGGCGCACGCCGCCGUCGUCAAGGCGGCCAAGGCGGCGGGGUCCUACGACGCCGGGCUGGCGUCCGUGCGCGCGUCGUCGGUCGUCGUGAACGCCGUGACCACCGUCGACGUCGACGCCGUGUCCGGCGCGUCUACCAAACUCUACGAGCUCACGCUGGAUCGCGGCGCGUCGUUCGACGCGGCGCAGGACCAGCUGCGCACGGGCCGCGCGAACGCAAGGCCGGGCGACAACGACCCGGACGCGACGCGGCGGUCGUUUCGGGGCGCGGGCUUUUACAUCUCGAACCACACCAACACGCGGACGAAGCGGCCCUACAUCAUGAUGGCGGUCCGCAAGGCGAACGCGGCCCAGACCUUUCUCAUCACGCGGCCGAACACGGGCGCCAACGCGACCGAGCUCUUCGCGCACGACAUCAUUAGCAAGUACACGUGCCACGCUGGCGGCCUGCCGUCGGCGUCCGACGAGGAGCGGGAGCAGCUGCGCAAGGCGUGGACGCUGGAGUACGAGUCGUCGCACAACCAGGACAACGGCGGCCGGCUCAAGCGGCUCGGCCUCGUCGCGGGCAACGUCCUGCCGCUCUGGCCGGCGCUCGCCCAGACCGUCGCGGAGCGCCAAGUCGAGAUGAACAAGGAGGACCAGCGCCUCCGCGCGGUCCGCGUCGUGCUGCCGUCCGAGACGAUCGUCGGCGUGCGGUUCCCGACGCACGUCCUCAAUACGCUGCGCGCGGCGCUCGCCCAGCGGAGCCGCCAGCGCGCGGCCCACGCGCGCCAGCACGUGCGAGCCGAGCCGCCG